GAUGAAUCUGAGAUUUUGGAGAUUUGAGACUGAUUGAUGGAAAUUAGAGUGUGAGAUUGAUUUGAUUUGAGUGAGUGAUUUAAUAAUUGAAAAGCGAUGAACGGUGGAGAUGCGGCGGCGGCAACAGCUGCUCCGGACGGUCCACCGUCUCCGCUUGACUGGAAGUUCUCUCAGGUUUUCGGUGAACGCACCGCCGGUGAAGAAGUUCAGGAAGUUGAUAUCAUUUCGGCUAUUGAAUUUGAUAAAAGUGGUGACCAUCUUGCCACCGGUGAUCGGGGUGGCAGGGUAGUAUUAUUUGAGAGGACUGAUAAGAAAGAGCAAGGUGGAAAUAGAAGGGAUUUAGAGAAGAUUGAUUACUCGAUUAGUAGGCAUCCGGAGUUCCGCUACAAAACUGAGUUCCAGAGCCAUGAACCCGAGUUUGAUUAUUUAAAGAGUUUGGAGAUCGAGGAGAAAAUAAACAAAAUUAGAUGGUGCCAGACAGCUAAUGGAGCCCUCUUUCUUCUGUCUACCAAUGAUAAAACCAUUAAAUACUGGAAGGUCCAAGAGAAGAAGAUCAAGAAAAUUGCUGAGAUGAGCAUGGAGCCUUCUAAAGCAACCGGAAAUGGCAAUGUUGCUAGGUCAAACAUUACUUCCACCCCUAAGCCUCAUCUUGCAAAUGGCGGUUUCACUGAAAAAUCUUACGCUGGUCUAAGCAAUGACUUUUUAUUUCCUCCAGGGGGCAUCCCAUCACUUCAAUUACCUGUGGUAGUAACUAGCAAUGAGACCAACCUUUUAGCAAGAUGUAGAAGAGUGUAUGCUCAUGCACAUGACUAUCACAUCAAUUCAAUCUCGAAUAACAGUGAUGGUGAAACAUUCAUCUCUGCUGAUGAUCUUCGGAUAAACCUUUGGAAUUUGGAAAUUAGUAACCAGAGUUUCAACAUUGUGGAUGUCAAGCCUACAAACAUGGAAGACCUCACCGAGGUCAUUACAUCAGCUGAGUUUCAUCCUACCCAUUGUCAUACACUAGCAUAUAGUAGUUCGAAAGGAUCUAUUCGUCUUAUUGACUUGCGUCAGUCUGCCCUCUGUGACAAGCAUUCAAAAUUGUUUGAAGAAAAGGAAGCACCUGGUUCAAGAUCAUUUUUCACCGAGAUAAUAGCAUCAGUUUCAGAUAUUAAGUUCGGAAAAGAUGGAAGAUACUUACUUAGCCGUGAUUAUAUGACCCUUAAGUUAUGGGAUAUUAACAUGGACUCGGGCCCAGUCUCCACAUUUCAAGUCCAUGAGUAUUUAAGACCUAAGUUAUGUGAUUUAUAUGAAAAUGAUUCUAUUUUUGAUAAAUUUGAGUGCUGUUUGAGUGGUGAUCGUCAGCGUGUAGCAACUGGUUCUUACAGCAAUUUAUUUCGUGUGUUUGGCUCUCACGUGGGAAGUACUGAAGCAACUACCCUGGAAGCUAGCAAAAACCCAAUGAGAAGGCAAGUUCAGACCCCCUCAAGGCCUUCCAGAUCCCUUAGCAGCAUAACCCGUGCGGUUAGACGAGGAGGAGAUACUUCCGGGGUUGAUGCAAACGGAAAUGCAUUUGAUUUCACAACAAAGUUGCUGCAUCUAGCAUGGCAUCCUUCCGAAAGCUUAAUUGCUUGUGCUGCAGCAAACAGCUUGUACAUGUAUUACGCGUGAAAAUACUCUACGCUUGUUAACAAAGCUUUAGUGAUAUUCCAAGGCCUUUUAUAUCACUUCAAAGAUCUCAUCACAAAAGAAAAGGAGUUUUUUUCUGCCUAUUUUUCUCCCCACCCUUGAUUCGAUUUAUUAAUUUUUUAAACCCUGGAGGACUUAUUAUAAUUUUUGAUCGGGUUGAAACUCGGAAAAGUUAACAGGGAUCUUCAGAAACUCACUAAUAGGAUGGAUAAAUGGAUGUCAGUUUUCUAGGUGUAGUUUUAGUAGGGAAGGAGCUCUGCUGCUAACUUUGCAGGCCAUCAAGUUUGCAUGUCUGAUACCAUUAAAUUGUUUACCUUCAAAAAUUUUUUUAGACCUAUCUUUUUAAUUUGCUUUUCUUUUGUUACUUAUAGUUUCAUCUAUUAUUUUGUAAAAGAACGAUUCUUUAAGGACUUCAGAUUUUUCAGUCGUUGCUCAUAAGUUUGUUUAAAAAACCAAAUUAUUGGUGAAGUUUAUGCAAUUGUUGUAUUAAAUACGAGUAUAAUGUAUUUGAACUUCAAUUUUGGUA